AUGCCACCAACAGAACAACAGAACCAGUCAUCGGCCGGUCGGUCGUUCACCAGCCAAACCGCGUCCGCGGAAGAACUGCUUAAGUCGCAGACCGUUGGUCUUGUCCAUCUUUCCGACUUUCGCAAACGUCGCGCAGAGGUCCUGGAGCAGAAAGAACGUGAGGCGCAUGACAAGUCAUUGGGGAGGGUGACAUCUGGUAAUUCAAGAAGCGCAACUCCUUCCACAAGUGAUGUGACUGACGGUGCUUCGCCGUCCGAGGCACCUCCGAAGAAGAAGAAAAAGAAGCAGUUAGCGAAAAGCAAGCUAUCUUUCGCCGACGAUGAGAAUGAUGAUACCGGUGACGACUCCGUUGCUACGCCGCAGCCAUCUCGCUCAGUCUCGAAAACGCCUGUAGAGGAGUCGCGACGAAUUGCGCCAAAUCCGAACGCACCACCACCUCCGAAAGCAAUGACGAAGGCUGCGUUAGAAGCAGAGGCCCAGACUCGGGACGCUCUUCGAAAAGAAUUUCUGGCGAUGCAGGAGGCUGUCAAGCAUACGGAGAUACUUAUACCCUUUAUUUUCUACGACGGCACGAAUAUUCCCGCUGGCUCCGUGAGAGUUAAGAAAGGAGAUCCAGUAUGGUUGUUUCUGGACCGGUGUCGAAAGGUCGGGGCCGAGUUGGGAGUGGGUGGAAAAGGAGCUUGGAAAGGAGCAGCCAAAGGUCGCCGUGAAUGGGCAAGGGUCAGCGUUGACGACUUGAUGCUGGUAAAGGGAGAGAUAAUUGUACCCCAUCAUUACGAGUUGUACUACUUUAUUGCCAAUCGAGUACCUAACUUAUCAAAGUCCGGCGGGUUACUGUUUGACUACUCCAAUAAACCAACCCCAGCACCAGAGACCGACGAUCCUUUACCACGGCCAAGUGACGAGCAACUGGAAGGCGCUGAUAAAGACCCCACGUUGACGAAGGUUGUUGAUAGGCGAUGGUAUGAGCGGAAUAAGCAUAUCUUCCCUGCCAGUUUAUGGCAUGAGUAUGAACCAGGGGAGGAGUUUGAAGAGAAGAUGACCUCGACAAGGCGCGAUGCUCAAGGGAAUACAUUCUUCUUUUGAUCAGUUAAGGGUGUUGGUAAGGUUUAGGGCAUAUAGACUCAUUGCUUAGACAGGUCUGUUUUAUUCAAGGACAUACUACAGAUGAUUUAGUCAAAAAAAAAAAACUGUUCAAUUGGGGCG